GAGAGAACGUGUGAGUCUAUCACGCUCUGGUAAUUGGUUGUGGAGUGCGUGCGUUUGAUGGGUUACCUUUUAUGGCGAUUCGAGUAACAAGAAAACAUUAGUGAAACUUGUGAUGUUUUAAUAACAAAUUGAAAAGAAAAUUUCUAACGGAAAAAAACAUUUUCAAAAUGUUUGGCAGCUUGAAAUGGAUUAUAGUGAUAACAAUUACUACAUCGCUAGUAAAGGCAAAUUAUUCACCUCCAGAGAGAUUGACUGGAAUGAAUCCUUGUAUUAGCAAGCAAACAUGUCAUGAAUGCAUACAAACACCACAUUGUGCCUGGUGUGCUGCACCAAAAUUUUCUGAGAAACGUUGUUUUUUACCAAACAUUAAUACUAAAAUAUUUGCAACAUGUCCUGCUGAAUAUACAUGGAAUCCAGAUAAUGUUUUUAGUAUGAUAAGACAUAGAAAUUUAACAAAAGGUGGAUAUGCAUAUGGUGGUGCUAAUAGUUAUGAAUAUUCUAGCACAUAUGGCUCUAGUUCACAAUCCACUAGUAGUAGUAGUAGUAGUAGUAGUAGUAGUAGCAGCAGUAGCAGCAGUAGCAGUGGCAGAAGACAGGAAGCUGUACAAAUUUGGCCACAAGAAGUUAAUUUAAAACUUCGAAUAAACGAAGCACACAGAAUGACUUUUGCCUAUUCACAAGCUGAAGAUUAUCCUGUUGAUUUGUAUUAUCUUAUGGACUUGAGUAAAUCAAUGGAAGAUGACAAAAAAAAAUUAUCAGAUUUAGGUCAACUCUUAGUAGAAAGUAUGAGUAAAAUUACUAGUAAUUUUCGAUUAGGUUUUGGCAGUUUUGUUGAUAAAGUUGUAAUGCCUUACGUUAGUACUAUGCCUAAAUCAGUUUAGUGCGAAAUGCUUCAGUAUCUGGAAAUUUAGAUGCACCAGAAGGAGGAUUUGAUGCAAUAAUGCAAGCUAUAGUUUGUAGGCGACAGAUUGGCUGGCGUGAAAAAGCUCGUAGACUUUUAGUGUUUUCUACAGAUGCUGGUUUUCAUUAUGCAGGCGAUGGUAAAUUAGGUGGAAUUGUCAAACCAAAUGAUGGUGAAUGUCAUUUAGAUGGUACUGGACUUUACACGCAUUCAUCUUUACAAGACUAUCCAAGUAUUUCUCAAAUUAAUUUGAAAGUUAAACAGAAUGCUAUUAAUAUUAUAUGGGCUGUUACGGAAGAGCAAAUAAAUGUAUAUAAAAGACUGACUAAACACGUAGAAGGAUCUUUUGCUGGUAAAUUGUCUGAUGAUUCGAGUAAUGUUGUAGAAUUAAUUCGUGAACAAUAUGAUGCAAUUUCAAGCUCGGUCGAAAUGAAAGAUACAGCUAGCAGCGCCGUAAAAGUAAAAUAUUUUUCAAAGUGUUUGGGUACGGGACCACUUAUUGAAACUUCAAAAUGCGACGGAUUAAAAGUUGGAACAAAAGUGGAAUUUACUGCAGAAAUUGAAGUUACAAGUUGUCCAGAAAAUAGGUCUGAAUGGAAACAAAAAUUCGAUAUUUAUCCAGUUGGAAUUAAUGAAACACUUACUGUAAAUUUAGAAAUGUUAUGUGACUGUGAAUGUGAACGCGAAGGUGCUAUGUAUGAACCAAAAUCUCCAGAAUGUAAUGGUGUAGGAACUUUAAAAUGUGGUAUUUGUGAAUGUUAUGACGGAUAUUUUGGAAAACGUUGCGAAUGUAGUCCCCAUCAAGAAAUGACAGGACUAGAUAAACAUUUCCAAUCUUGUAGACCAGAUAACACUUCUCUGGUAGAUUGUUCAGGAAGAGGAACUUGUGCUUGUGGUCAAUGCGAGUGUGAAGAAAGAGAAAAUCCUGAAGAAAUAAUAUCAGGUCAUUUUUGCGAAUGUGACAAUUUCUCGUGUGAUCGAGAUCAAGGUUCUUUGUGCUCGAAUCAUGGAACGUGUGAGUGUGGACAAUGUGUCUGUAAUGCAGGAUGGACUGGCCCAUCUUGCAAUUGUAGAUCUUCAAAUGAAACUUGUAUUGCACCAGGAACUACUAAUGGAGUGUUAUGUUCAGGACAUGGAGAUUGUGUUUGUGGUGAAUGCAUCUGCCAUGAAGAAGGAAAUACUAGAUAUUCUGGUAAACAUUGUAAUAAAUGUCCAACUUGUCCAAGCCGGUGUGAAGAAUUAAAAAAUUGUGUAUUAUGUCAAAUGUACGGUACUGGUAAUUUCACUGACAAAGAAGAAUGUGCAAAGAAUUGCAAAACAUUUGUUCCCGAACCAGUUGAUACAGUAAUACCAGAUGUGGACAAGGAUGAGGUUCCAUGUUUUGGUAUAGAUGAAGAUGACUGCAAGUAUAAUUUUGUUUAUUAUUACAACGAAACGAAUUGCCUAAAUGUCCGAGCUCAAAAAGAAAGGGAAUGUCCACCGCAAGUUUAUAUGCUCGGUAUAGUAUUAGGUGUAAUUGCAGCUAUUGUUUUAAUCGGUCUUGCAUUGUUACUUUUAUGGAAAUUAUUAACAACUAUACAUGAUAGAAGAGAGUUUGCAAGAUUUGAAAAGGAAAGAAUGAUGGCUAAGUGGGACACGGACGACAAAAGCAGUCAACGUCGACCUGGAACUGUCAUGGAACGACUUUCAAGAGUGGCAUGUUAUUUCCGAUGGAUGAAGAACACGCUACCUCAUGAUGCAAGUAAAGCAGAGGACGAGCAUAAAACUGUCGAGGAUGAACGACAUCGGAAUGUCGGGUGCAGUUUCGAAGCCUCGAGGCGACUUUGUGGUAUUCUGGAGAGUAUCCUUCUUUGGGAGAAUUCUGUGAACAGUAUCUCCGUCGUCAUUGUAUUUAAUAUAUUGUUCUGAUUCGAGGCUUUGCUGCAGCCAGCAGUGCUGCACUAGUCAUUGUACUCUGUUAUAAUACCUUGGAAGCUCAAGUUCACAAUGAAAAUAAAGCAUUAGACACAGCUGCUUUUGUACUGCAGUAUGUUCUCUUUCUUUGGGGCUAUGGAUUAUUGGCCGUACUAUAAAUGGUAUACUUCUUAUAUAUACGAUAUGCAUGAGCAUUUUACUUGGACCUGCAUUGUUGUUGAAAUUACCUAGCAAAAUGGUGGUACAUAAAGAAUGGGAUAGUGAAAUUGAAGAAUUUUUACCAGCAGUAACUGAAGAUAAUCUUCAAGUUCUUACAAGAGCUGGAGAAUCAGGGGAUCAAUCCCCAACACCGACAAGUGUAUUAUCUGAUGCUCAAAAUGAGUUUCUUAUUGAUGAAGAGCUUUUGGGUCUUAAAAUGCCAUCACACGAAGAUGGAAGUACUGAUGGUGUAGAAGUUUCUGAAUUAGAGCUUAGUGCUGAAGAAACUGAUGUGGAUGGUAUUAAAUUUCAAAGUGGCCAUUUUGAGAAAGGAUCCUCUUCUGAGGAAGAAGCAGAACUUGAACCUCUAUCAAGUAAAUUAGUUAGUCAUAGUGAUGAAAGUGGUAGCGAAUUUGAAAUAAUUGAUGGUCAAGAAAUUGAUAAUUUAGACAUUGCAUGAAAAUAACUGAUGUGUAAACUGUGAAGUUAUUAUUAUGCAGAAUAGACUUAAGUAAAGAGUUGAUUUUAAAAACGAUUUUAUCGGGUAAUAAUUAAGUAAUUAUUUUAUGAUAAUUUUAGCUACUUGCUUAUUGCCGAAUAUUUACGCAAAAUUGAUAUAACACCGAUUUGAAUAAAAUGGAAAAAAAUCAUAUAUUACUAAAAAAAAUAAUAUAAAUUAUAUUGCUCUAAAUUUAUAUACUUGAAGAUACUUUGAGGUAUUUCAAAAAAUUUAAAAUUUAGAUAUUUUUUUUAUGUUGUGCAAAUGAUAGCUUCUCAGUAGUUACAUAUACUUAUAUUAAAGUAUAUUCAUGAAAUUGUACAUAUUAUGUGCAACAAAGAGAAUUAUCUCACUUACAAAUGAUUCUUGAUGUAUAUAAGAGAUCAAUUAUCAAAAAACUUAGAGGGAAAAGGAUAAAAUUGAACAAAUAACGAUUGUCAAUUUAAAUGUCGCUUUGACCUUCAUGGCCAAAAAUGAUUUUGUAUAUAUGUAUCACACACAGAAAAUAAUUAUAAUUACCUGCGGAUUAUAAUUAAGAAAUUAGAAACUACAAUGUCCAUUAUGCAGCAGGUAGAAGAUAGAUAAAUAUUAUCAUAGUAAAUAUGUACUCUGUUUUUGAUAUUACCGAAAUUAAAAUAUGUAAAAAUAAUUAUACUUAUCAAGAAUCAAUUUUUAAUAUUGCAUAAAUAUUGUUUUGUGUCAUAAAUAAAUUACAUAGUUUUGCAACUCAAUUUUAAGUAUUAAAUAGAGUGUAACAUCUAUGCAUAAAUAAUAUAUUUUAUUGAUUACAAAAUUUUUUUUAUUAAUUACAAAACAUUAAAACUCUAUUUAAAACUUAAACUAAAAGAAUUGGUCACAUAACAUGUAUGAAAAAGUCUUCAAAAUAUUUUUUUAUCGAAUAAAGAGAAUUUUUGUGUAAUAAAUUCUAAAUUAAAUUACAAAACAAUAUAUCUCUAUCUUCAAAUAAUUAACAUAAGAUUUCUAUUAAAAAUGAUACCACUUAUGUAAGCAAUUUUAUGUAAGUAAUUUUAUUAGUAGUGUAUACAUACAAAUGUUAAUAUUAAAUUUUUAAAUGUAUUAUUAAUUUUACCCAAAUUUUGCAGAAAGUAUUUAAUUAUUUCGUAAAUAAUAUUUUAUUAGUAAAGUAAAAGAAUGAGCUUUAAUGUGUACAGAUAAUAAACGUAAAAAAUUAAUAAUAAC